AUCGAUAUGUUUCAACUCUACCAUGGAUACGGGAGUCCACUGGAGCUACGAUGUGCUCAAGAAAAUGGAAAUCGAAGGUGCCAGCGAACAUGAUUUGGAUUGGCUGAAGGAAUCGUUUGCCAUCGAAAUCGGAUCUCCAAAAAAUGUAAAUCGUAUAAAUACUAUAAAAGACUUAAUUGACUGCCUGGAACAGGGCGGUCAAAUCAGUGAAGAGAAUAUUGAACCACUGCUUAGUCUUGGCAAGAAUAAUAUGCAACCCCAAGAGGCGGUAGACAAUUACCUUAGAGUUGAGCGCAGAGCAGCUAUAAACUGCUUCCAGGAAUUAAGUCUAGCCGAAGAACUAAAACAACAAUUGUACAUCAAUCCACAGCGAGCUGCACAGCCAGCAGUCGCAGCUCCACAACAUUGUGUGACUGUGACGCAAUUUAAAGAAGCGAAGCGCGCUGCUGUUUUUAAAAAAAUUUCCCAGCAACUCGGUCGCUCUUGGCGAGAUUUGGGCCGCAAGCUAAACAUAAGUGAAGGUACCAUGGACGAAAUUGAGAUGCUCUACCCACAGGAUUUCAAAUCGCGCAUUUUGCGACUGCUCCAGAUCUUUGAGGAGGACGAAUGUAACGACCCCAGGCAACUGCUAUUGCAACUGUGUCGUGGACUUUCAGAAUGUGGACGGAAGGACUUGCGAUACCGAGUGGAGCAAAUAAUGUCUCACUAGAAGCUAUGUGAUUACAUUGCAUUUUUUUUUCCAUGAACAAUAAAACUCCGUCUUCUGACAAUUGG